GGCGACAUAAUGUUCCCACAGCCAGAUCUGGACUGAGAUUGAGAGACGCAAAGACGCCUGACAGGCGCGCAGCAGGAGGACCGCAUUAAAGUCUCGGGGGCCAGCAUGUUAAAGCCGCAGGGUCACGCCGACUUUCUGCUGCACACGUCCCCGCCGGUUUUUGGGAAGCCGUGGUACUGGCAGCGCAGCAGCAGCACCAUGGAGAGCACCCGCGGCCUGGCGCGGGUCAUCAUGGAGAUGCGGGAUGAAAUCAAGAAGCUGGAGACGGAGAACCGGGAGCUGCGCGGGGGCCACGCACGGCACCCUGUUGGGCCCACGCCAGAAGAGGACUUUGAGGAAAAAGAGACAUUAGAAAUAGUGGAAAACCCUUAUUUGAACCUGAGACGGAAUGCUUCUGCGCCAGCCUUGGAAGGAAAAUAUAAAGAGAACACGGUCAUGACCGUCAGAAGAUACUCUACAAGCUCUAAUCUCUCUGGGGUGACAACAAGCAGGCCGAGGAUUGACGCGGGUGGCCACAAUAACUCUGCGUGGAGGAGACUGCAAGAAGAACUUCAGCAGGGCGAGGAUGUGUUUUCUGACAAAGCAGAAGUGCAGAAAGUGAACGCUCGACACUCCCUUCAGGAAUACGUUCAUAAAAACAGGGCAAAGGUAAAAACUGUGACUUUUCUUCUCCCCGUUGAUGACAUUUACACCAGCCGGCCCGCUCUGAUCAAACACCAGGAGGAGCCCAGAGUGACAGACCUGGCUUCUAUAACUGAGACCGAUUCUUGAGAUGACUUUUUAAAGACUUUUAUAAACAAACUCUUCCUCAGAGCCACGUUGGGUUCCUUAUCUGACAGUUUAGAUCAUGUAUAUGCUGAAAAUAAGAAUUUUGUAGCAGUCCAGGCUUCUUUAACUCCCAGAUCUGGCUGAGGACCGUUCGGAUCAGGUGUCUGGACUCCCCUCCUAACCUGAGUCAUUGCUUUUGCAGGGUGACACACAAACCUACAGGUGACAAUUCUCUUGUGGACAAUUGUGGUGGCUGAGUCAGACCAGCUGAGCUACCUCAUCUUCAUUAUUUUUUCAUCACGGUUCAAACGACAAUGUGAUUAAUAGGCUAUUUGACCUACUUCUUGAAUAUAUAAAUGUAUGUUUUUGUUUUUUUUCUGAACUUUGUUCUUCAUCUAUAUUUGUUAGAUGUUAUUUUAGCUUUCCAAUAACAGUAUUCGCUGCAGUCAGAACUGGAGAACGUUUGUUGCUUUGUUAAAUACCAGUUUUCGUCCACAGUUGUUGCCUUCAACCAAAUAAUCCCAGACAAAAGAGCUUUAUUGAUGUAGUUCCUGUUAAACCGCUACAUUUAGAAAUGUGUACAUUAUGUUACUUUAAAACAGAACCAAACAACGAUCCAGUUUGAGUUGCUGAGGUAAUCUGACCUGUGAUACUGCUUGUGUUUAAAGUUUCAUUGCUGACCUCACAGAACUAAAUGAUUUCAUUCAGAUGUCCAGGAGGGUGAAAUGUUUAAUUCUCUGUUUGUCAAAAACAGUUCCAGUGACAAUAUUUUAAAGAUAUUCAUCAUUCUGCUUUGACAUAAGUCAUAUAAUCUAAUGGUGGAUUUUACUGCCUUUUAAAAACUUUAAAAAAAUGUGUAACUGUUGGGACUCAAUUCUGUUUUUACUGUCAUUUGCUCCAGAGUGUUUGACUGCAAGACAUUUCCAAACGAAAAAAUACAUUUAUUAGUUAUUAAUAAGCUUGUAUUUAUAUUGACAAUAAAAAUAUUAAUUCAGGAAAUACAAGUUCAAUAAUUAUGCCUUGUAAGCUAACAUUACCAAUUUAAAACAGUUUGUUCCCCUAAUAUGAAAAGCUCCUCACAAUGGAACAUUUUCCAAAAUAAAUGCAAAUAUUGACCCAAAACUUUCAAAACCAAAUAUUUUAUUUUUUCUGACUGGUCAAAUCUUUUGGUCAGGGAAAUCACAGCAGUGUCAAAAAUUGUAUGUAUGGGAAAAAAAAAAAUUAAGAUGAUGCUAAUCUGCACGUGUGAGCAUGAGGAAUACAUAGUAAACAUACAAAAAUAUUAUUUUUAUUAUUAUUAUUAUUAUAUCAAAUCUAAACUGAAUUUUUGCUUUAGUGUAACUGUAA